AUGUCGAAAAAAGGGGAAAAGCUGGUGCUGCGGCUGCAGGAGGUGUUCAGGCUGGUGCUGGGGAAUGUCACCCAAACCGUCCUAGUGAACAAAGUCCCCAGCAAGAGCACUCUGGGCAGCACAACGUGCUGGGCCCAAGCUUGGGCCUCAGAAAGCCAGACAUCCAUGCGGCUGUCGUCCCCCGCUGCCCCUGACAACUAUCCCAAGCGCAGCAGACAAAAGGGAGCAGGGGUGCCCUCAGUGUUGGUGUGGGCUGCUUGCCAGCCCAGAGCAUCAAACCCCAAAGGCAGCCGGGACCCGCUCUGGUCCCCCCGAAAAGCGAUGCACUCCUCGGUGUGCUCCAAGAUCGUCCAGCUGCUGGGCCAGAACGAGGUGGACUAUCGCCAGAAGCAGGUGGUGAUCGUGAGCCAAGACAGCUUCUACCGCGUGCUCACCUCAGAGCAGAAAUCCAAAGCGCUCAAAGGCCAGUUCAACUUCGACCACCCAGAUGCCUUUGACAACGAGCUGAUCGUCAAGACGCUCAAAGAGAUCACGGAAGGGAAGACGGUCCAGAUUCCCGUCUAUGACUUUGUCUCCCACUCCAGGAAAGAGGAGACGGUGACUGUGUACCCUGCCGAUGUGGUGCUCUUCGAAGGCAUCCUGGCCUUCUACAGCCAGGAGGUGCGGGACCUCUUCCGCAUGAAGCUCUUUGUGGACACGGAUGCAGACACCCGGCUGUCCCGCAGAGUGCUACGAGACAUCAGCGAGCGAGGCAGGGACCUCGAGCAGAUCUUGUCUCAGUACAUCACCUUCGUCAAGCCUGCCUUUGAGGAGUUCUGCUUGCCAACCAAGAAGUACGCUGACGUGAUCAUUCCCAGAGGAGCAGAUAACGAAGUGGCCAUAAACCUGAUAGUGCAGCACAUCCAGGACAUUCUUAACGGAGGACUCAGCAAGCGCCAGAGCAACGGCUACCUGAACGGCUACACUCCCCCCCGCCAGCGGCAGCCCUCAGAGUCGAGCAGCCGGCCCCACUGACGCCGGGCGGCCAGCGCGGGGCUGGGGCCGCAGGGCCGCUCUGUACAUACUGUCUCUCCAUCCCCCCCUUAUCUAUUUAAGAAACCAGACGGAGACGAAUGCCUUUAAUUUUGUAUGUUGGAAAUGCCCAUCGAGAAGCAGCCGGCCGCUCGGGAGCCCGGACCGCUCGCAGCUCCCGGCCUUGCUCAGUAACUCCUCCAGCACGGAACCGGCUAUAAAUCUCUAUAAAUAUAGAAUUGCUCUAUUUUUGUGUAAAUGCAGAAUAACGUAAAA